UUAUGAAGCUAUCAUAGGAGAACUUGUGCUACGAGAUAGCCCCUUCAGAUAUGCCAGAUUUCAUCAGCUGGGAAUCAAGCAUAUCGUUGAUGUUUUUGGACCCAUUAUGACUGCCUGUGUAUCCAUCCUCUAUAGUCUUGGUUACACUGAGGAGCUUUCUCACCUUCUCAAAGGUGUGCCGUUUGCAUAACUUAGAUCCUCACGUGGGAUAUUGAUACUUUUCAUUCAUGAACCAUGGCCUGACCACCAACGCCGUAAACACCGAGCAGAUGAUCACUGCUUUGACCAUCGGGAAGCAAACCGAACCACCGACCCAGGCGAGCCCAAGGCCCAUUCCCAUGAAGACCCCCUUCCUAAUCAAGAGACCCCAGGAGCAGGUGAUGCUGACGCCAUAGAUGCUACAAUAGUCAUCCUAAAAGC